CUGCAAGGAGUUCAAGGAUGCUGCGGCUAAACUUAGGCCAGUGUCGGGCAAGAAGCGGCAACAAAGCACUAAAGGUCCGCCACUCCGCAAGUCUUCCCGUCUGGAGGGGCGACCCCAGCCAGGCAACGACCAGGAAGUUAGCGACGAAGAUGAGGAGAAUGAGGCUGCUGUAAGCCUGGAUUCUGAGGAGGAGAAGAACGGGACGGUAACGGACGGCGACGAGGCACCUGAGCUGUGGUCGGAUGAGCAGGAGGGCUGGGCAACCGGUCAAGGAUGGAAUCUCGAGGAUGGACCCGGCGAGCUGCUUCACAGGCUGGCGUUGUUCCAGGUCAUCGGCAUUAGAAUGGAUCAGCGCGAGUCCUUCUUGCGGUGGUACAAGAACUCGCGGAUUAUGACUGUCGAGGGCAUUACCGCUCAAGACCUGAAGAUGCCAUGCGCCUUCACGACUAUGUUUGAUGCGGGGAUACAAGAGCGCCUCACGCAG